AAAACCACUGUUCGGGAGAAACUUCAUCGGGUCUGUCUGUUCCUGGGUUUAGAAAAAUGGACAGCCAAGGAAGAAAAGUGGUGGUUUGUGACAACGGAACAGGGUUUGUAAAGUGCGGCUAUGCAGGUUCCAACUUUCCAGAGCACAUCUUUCCUGCAUUGGUGGGCAGGCCCAUCAUCCGCUCCACAGCUAAAGUUGGAAACAUUGAAAUCAAGGACCUGAUGGUGGGUGAUGAAGCAAGCGAGCUGCGCUCCAUGCUCGAGGUAAACUACCCGAUGGAAAAUGGUAUCGUGAGGAACUGGGACGACAUGAAGCACCUCUGGGACUACACCUUCGGCAAGGAGAAACUCAACAUUGAACCAAGAAACUGUAAGAUCCUCCUCACCGAGCCCCCCAUGAACCCCACCAAAAACAGGGAGAAGAUUAUUGAGGUCAUGUUUGAGACUUAUCAGUUCUCAGGACUUUAUAUCGCCAUUCAGGCUGUCCUCACAUUAUACGCUCAAGGUCUGUUGACGGGAGUGGUGGUAGAUUCAGGUGAUGGUGUUACGCACAUCUGUCCCGUGUAUGAAGGAUUUUCUCUUCCUCAUCUAACUCGUAGGCUGGACAUAGCAGGAAGAGACAUCACUAGGUAUCUCAUAAAGCUGCUGUUGCUGCGAGGAUACGCCUUCAAUCACUCUGCAGAUUUUGAGACAGUGAGGAUGAUGAAGGAGAAGCUGUGUUAUGUAGGCUACAACAUUGAGCAGGAGCAGAAGCUCGCUCUGGAGACCACUGUUCUGGUGGAGUCCUACACGCUUCCUGAUGGCAGAGUGAUAAAGGUCGGUGGAGAGAGAUUUGAAGCACCUGAAGCUCUGUUCCAGCCCCACCUGAUUAAUGUAGAAGGAGUCGGUGUAGCUGAGCUGCUCUUCAAUACCAUUCAUGCAGCAGACAUCGACACCAGGUCUGAGUUCUACAAACACAUUGUUCUCUCUGGAGGUUCUACCAUGUACCCUGGCCUGCCCUCUCGGCUGGAAAGAGAACUCAAGCAGCUUUAUCUAGAGCGGGUGCUUAAGGGCGAUGUGGACAAGCUCUCAAAAUUCAAGAUCCGCAUUGAGGAUCCCCCACGGCGCAAGCACAUGGUGUUCCUGGGUGGAGCUGUGCUGGCUGACAUCAUGAAGGACAAGGACAACUUCUGGCUGACGCGGGAAGAGUAUCAGGAGAAGGGUGUGCGUGUACUUGAGAAGCUCGGUGUCACUGUCAGAUAAACUGUCUUCCAAACUCUCUGCCUCGUCUCCAGUGUUCCCACAUAUAGGAUAUCCAAAGCAUCUGUCCAUCUGUGUCGCUAUGCCUCCAACCUCCUGUAUUCUGCUUCUAAUGCCACUGAAUCAAGGGAAGAAGAUGACAA